AUGCGUUUCGCUCUUUUAACCCUUUUGUGCGGUGCUGUGGUCACUGCGCUCACUGGAGAAGAAGCUCGAGAAAAGUGGGCAGGACCUAGGGGUGGAGGUAAGGUUUCCCACGGGGGAAACAACAUUGGAAAUGGGGUUGGUGGUGGGAUUAACAUUGACACUGGAGGUGGUGACAUUGGAGACAUUGGGGUUGGGGUUGGGGGUGGAGGUGGAGGGGGUGGUGAGGGUGUUUGCGACCCGGCCGCUUGUGACGCCAAGUGCCGGAGAUUAGGUGACCAAUCAGGUUACUGUGACAACGAGGCUGUAUCUGUGUCCCAAACCCGCCAGAUUGUGAUCCUCCUUGCGCGUCCGGCCUGA